GUUCACCCCACCUUGCUGCUGUCAAAAUGAAGUGCACACAACAGGUAAGACUGCUACAGCAACAGCUCAUAGAAAAUGUGAUGAAUGAAUAAACCAACUCAAGUCUCAAAAUGGACAACCACACCAAGGAUGAAGUUUAUGCCUAUGCGCUGUCCAAGACCCUGAGCAAAGUGAGUGCUCCUGCCACAGUGGGGCUGUAUUCAACAUGUCAGGACCGCAUCAGCCUCGUCCUCAAGCGGUUGGAAGUUCACCUGAGCUCGGAGUCGCAGCGUUUGGAGCAGGAGCACACAGACGUAGCUGCUCCUCGUCCCCCUCGGCCCUCCCUCUGCGCCUGCAUCUCCCUCAUCUGGAAACUGCUGUUCUACAAACCCAUCUGGACCCAUCGAAACCAGAGCCACCACAACGUCAGGUUUAUCCACGUGUACUUCAGCGCGUGGCAUUUUGCGGGCAGCGACCUGUUGUGGGCAGGAAUGGCAUUGCGGCUCUUCUAUGCCAUGCAGGUGAACUUUGGCAAACUACAGCUUCUGUUGCAUCGAGUGGGUCAGUACGAUGAAGAAGAUGAAGUCAAGAAAAGGAAAAUAGAAGACUCUACAAACGAUUGGAGAGCUAAGAAGUGCUGCUGCUGCCCUGUUUGGCUGUGUCUCCUCUUCAUUUUGUUGAUCCCACUGGGCUUCCUGAUCUUCUAUCUGAUAUCCAGCCAGCUUGACCCAAGCUCCAGUGAGGUGGUUAACAACGGCACCACAAGCCAAGUCAACUUUAUUGAGGGCCUACUUAUCGCUUCUUUUGGGGUCCCUGCUGCGAGCGCUUUACGAUUCCUCCUCUCAAUGGUUAAAAAUCUUUUAUUUUCCCAAGAUCAAAACAUCAAACGAGGGAUGGACAACGAACACGUGAGUUCCAAACUUGGCUUCAUGAACGAGGUGAGGAAAGAAAUCUGGUUUUUGAACCGUUUUGUGCAGUUUAUGGAAGUUUUUGAGAGGCGUCGGAUUCGGAUCGUGCUGCAAAUAACCAACUUAGAUCGCUGUCCACCGAUGAAAAUUGUUGCUGUUUUGGAUGCAAUAAAUAUAUUGUUAUCAGACGAAGAAAGUCCGUUCAUUUCAAUACUAGCUGUCAAUCCUGAGGUUCUUGUUGAGAAAGUGAACUUCACCGAUUAUUGUUUUAUCAAGGAGGACCAAGCGCAUGCACUACUGAAUCGGAUUGUAACGCUACCGUUCACUAUCCCACCCAUGUGCGGGUACUCAAGACGUACUUUAUUCUACAACCUUGCAUGUAGCGGGAAUUUCAAAAACCAUCAGAUCAAGAGUAGCUCUUCAAACAGUGUUCCUUUAGUGGAAAUCUCAGUGGACAACGAAAAGCAUCCUCUGAUCACCUCAAAACUGGAUCUUCAUAUAAAUGAUGAGGAAGUUGAAAUGAUCGUCAAAAGCAUUGCGAAAAAUGGUGAUUCGGGUUUGAACAAGUACAUUUUAGACGAUGCCAUGUCCAUGCGAAGGGUGAUCAACUCGUUCCGAAUGGUUCUGAUUAUCACGAAAGCAUUACAUAAAGAGAUAACCUCGACGGAAAACAUUGCAGCUUGGGUCAUUAUUGCAAACCAUUGGCCAUGCCGUCUUAGCUGGAUAAUACAGUGUGUGGAAGACUCCAAGCAAAGAGCAGAAAUUGAGUGCACGAGUAUCAACAAGUUAAAAACACUUUGGGAGGUUUUUGAGGAAUCUAAAGCGGAAUUGUACGUCAUGAAAGAAGAUAUUGAGGAGUUUCUCGAACAAGAUGGAGAUCCAGAAAUGUUUGAAAUGUUUCUCAAAGAUGAUUUCCAGUUCACCAUAAAAGAUUUGGAGAUUUUGGAGGAGGCGACUGUGAACUUGGACCAUUCAAUUAAAAACGAAAUGGCGAGAAUCAGGGGGACGUCGACGCUGAGGGAUGUAAGAUGGAAGAGGAGCCUGGCCCCUCUGCCGAUCACAACGAUUAUUAACAUGAAAACUGAAGAUGUGUGUACAGAGAUGGAGCAGAUGGACUUCCCCUCUAGGUACACUGACAUUGUAAAGGCCAAUGACCUGAACGGCCCUGCGCUGGUGUUUGGAGACAGAAAAGACCUGAAAGAACUUCUGGGCAUGACGUUUGGAGAGUGGGCCAAGUUUAAAAUACGAUUUCUGAUUUGUAAAACAAAUCAGAACAAGAAAACUGAGCCUUCACCACAGCGACCUCAUCUCCACAGGCACCAUCAAGCAAAGAUGGUCAACAGUGGCAUGUAAACAUCUACUUAAUGUGUGCAGUGAUUUAUUAGUUUGGCAUGUGUGUGUGUGUGUCAUAAAAAUGUGUGAAGUUUGCUAACAAUUACCUUAACACUUAUGAAGUAUCUUGUUGAAUGACAGAUGAAACAUUGUCCUCUCUUUGCUAUGGAUCCUCCCUGUAUGACUAAAAGAUUACACAGAAAUGUAAUGGGUGUGAGAGUUCCCAUUAAGGACAUGAACAAUUAGGGUAAAAUAUGACUCAGGCAGUUUAAUAAACAUAGUUAACAGAAACUGUAUAGGUGUGUCGGGUUCAGUGUAGUUAGCACCUCCCUUCAGAUAGAUACAAGGCGGUGCCCACCAGCAAUCCGAUCAGAAAUGAAGAAGUGGCUUAGAUGAGCAAUGAAGCGGCUCUAAAACUUUUGUCCAGUUGAUAGAAUUGAAUUUUUCUAUCGCUAUGGAUCAUACUUGGACGACUGAGUGAGAUAGAAAUUAAGUGUCUUAUAUUACUUUUGUUUAUUUUAAGUGGUUUAAGAGCCUUUUCCUCUCAUAUUUGUUACGAAACAGAAAUAAAUCCCAGAUAAUUUACUUAAUCAAAUAGAAGAAAGCAAUACUUGUACAAGGAGCCUGUGCCUGCUUCCCAUGCAGAGUGAAUGCGUACGCCUGUACAAUGAGUUUUCUACACAAUCUAUAGUGGGAGGUUUGGACUUAGCGCCUCUUUGUUGGUACACAGACCAGCCACGCCCCUUGGCACUUUGGCCCAUCCAAUCACACAACGAUGAACAUCCUUUCAGGGUGUCGCCUGGGUAACAAGUCAUGACAUCAUCUCUAUCAGUAGUUCUUGUCACAUGACCUCACUACAAUACUGAACUAAAGCAGUGGUUAGAGAAAACAGCUAAGCAGUUAUUUAUUCUAACAAUUCCCGAGAGCAAAAUUAGUAUUGCAACUAUACUUUUGAACAAGUGACAAUGCUGAAAAAAAUCCCAUAAUAAAAGGACAAAAUUUAACUUUUCCUGAACAGUUUUAAAUCUGUAUCAAAACCAUAUGAGACAACAUGGAAAUAAAAUGUGGUGUAGAGUGUUUGCCCACUGAACCGAAGGUUGGGGGUUCAAAUUCCGUUCUCAACAUAAAGAUCAUUCAUUGAGCAUUCAGAUCCAGUGACCCACAGGUUGUGGUGCAAUUCCAGCUCCCAAAGAUGAAAGCUGUCAUUGAGUCCUCGGGCAAGACAGCCCACCUCACCCCCAGCGUCUGUGUACAUGCUGAAUGUAUGAAUAUUUGCGUGAAUGGUUGAGUGGUUCCUUGAUGUAAAGCACUUUGAGUGACUUGAAGAUGGAAAAGCAUUGUAUAAAAAUGGCCAUUUACCAUUUCUAUUGUUUAAAAAAGUGUUUUUUAUGUAUUGUAUUUGAAAUAUUAGCAUUGUGACCACACCAUUUGACCUUUUUUUGAAA